AUGAACAGCUUCCGACAAUCAUCUACAGUUUUUGAUUUAAGAACUUUGCAAUAUAAUGGUUCUAAUCGAAUGAUAAAUAAUCGACCAGAUCAAUUUAACAAGCAAAACUUACCAUUUAUUUAUCAGCCUCCAUCGGGAUCGAUUGUAAUACGAGGUCUUCUCGUUUUUUAUCCUACAGAUCAAGAAAAAACAUUUGAACCCGAACUUCGAUGGUUCUAUCGUUCAUGGAUUGAAAUGAUGACGUCAGAAUCACCAUUAUGGAGAACAGAUUUAAUUGUUUUCGCUAAUGACUAUGCACCAAUGUUUAAAGAACUUGGCUGUUUACACGAUGAAAUACGUACGAAUAUAGAAGAAAAACCUAAAUGUCGAAUUUUUUCUUAUAGACGCAUUAAAGAUCGGGAAAAAAAUCAUAGUCCUUCAAGUAAAUAUCAAAUUAUUGACAGCAAUAAUUCAAAAUUACUUUAUGAACAAUUAAGAAAUUACGGAUACAUUGAUUCAAUAAAUACAGUUUCUGAGUAUUAUUUAUCAUUUUCUAUGUAUGAUUUUAUACUUCGUACAGAUCUCGAUUGUUUUUUAACAGCUAAUUUUGCUCUUUAUAUUCCAUAUAAUAAUACAUUACUUGUUGGCCAUGGCGGUUAUUCUACAGAUUUUAAUAAUAAACGAUUGAAACGUAUUGCUCACGAUAUGAAUUGGAAAUAUGCUGAUAAAAAUGGUCUUGGAUCAACUUGGUAUGGCUCACCAUUGAUGGCUUAUCGUUUGGCUAAUUAUACAAUACAAGCUAUGUUAUAUCUCAAUAUGAACGAAUUUACUAAACCCGAAAGAGAACAACAACUCGGUGUGAUGCUUUGGCCUGAAUGGCACUAUGGUGUUCUUCUGUUAUACAGUGGUCAUUUAGCUAUUAACCAUCUUAUUGCUAGUGAAAAUUUUGAUAUUAGCCUUGCUAAUCAAUUGUUAGAUCAAGGUGUAACAUCGAAAGAUAAAACAGAUAUUAGUAAGAACUAUCGUUUGCAUCUUCAUUGUUGGCAUGGCAGUGAUCCAUUCUCUAAAUUUGAAUUUAAAGCAGGAAAAUAUAAUAAAACAGAAUUAUCAACAUUAGCUUCUGAUACAUCAGCAUCCGGUUAUGCUAUGCGAAUGGCAUUAGAAUCAAAAUUAAUGACACUUGAACAAUUAAAACACAAACUGCUUAAUAUUACAAAAUAA